CAGAACAAAUUGCUUCUUCCCGCUCAGCAGAGUCACUUUCCCUAUCUUCUCCAAACCCUCCCCCAAUUUUUUUUUUUUUUCUCCGAGCAGAUCACAAAAAUCACAGUAAGAGGUUCAUCGGCACCAGAGCCAUGGUCAAUUGCGACCACAACCACCAAGACUCUAGCUUCAGCAAAGCCAUCUGCUCAAUCUGCCACAAAGACCUCGAGCCCUUCCUUGAGGACCUCCAAGCCAUCUUCAUCUGCGGCCACGUCUUCCACGAGUUCUGCUUGCAAGAGUCCUUCGGCUUCUUUGAGAGCGUCAAGAGGUACAGCUGUCCGGUGUGUAAACAGCGAUGCAAGCCGAACGACGUCGCUCGGCUCUAUUUCGAGUCGGUGGGCAUCUCGCCGGAGCCGCCGAGUUUGGCUCGGUCGCCGAUUGGGGAAGAUUCCGAGGCAUUGCGUCGUGAGGUCAAAGAGCUUAAAGAGGAACUUUAUUUAUGCAAGGAGAAAGCGAAGAAAGAAGUGGCUAAUUUAAAGAAUGAAGCUUUGAAACAACAAGCAUCUAUACAACAGAUGCUUCAUAUGAAAACUGAGGCGCUUGAUAAAUUGACUGUGGAGUGCUUGAGGCAGCAAGAAAGGAAUAGGGCAUUGACCAAAGAGCUUGCAGCUUUCAAAUUGGCAUCUGAUCUAGAUCUCGAUGAAAAGGAGAUUAUGAACCUUGCCGCACAUGGUAAUGGGGGAAACAAUGAAAACACAAUAGAUGUUCUUAGAAAAUCCUUGAUUAUGAGUAAUAGGAAUCGCAAAGAACUGAUAGCCCAGUGCAAUCUUCUUGAAAGAGGAGAGGAUCUUCACCAUAAAAAACUAGAGAAGGCUAAAGGAAAGAUAAAUAGAUUAAAUACAAAGGUACAGGAACUGACAGACCAGUGCAAUCUUCUUGAACGAGGUGAGGCUCGUUAUAGUAGAAAGCUAGAGAAGGCUAAAGGAAAGAUAAACAAAUUGAAGACAAAGGUACAGAAACUGAAGGACCAAUGCAAUCUUCUUGAACAAGGUGAGGCUCGUCACAGUAGAAAGCUAGAGAAGGCUAAAGGGAAGAUAAAUACAUUGAAGGCAAAGGUACUAGAAUUUGAUGGUGCUGUUGAAGUAGAGAAAGAAACUUCAGUCCUUGGACCAAGUGAUCUGUUUGAGAGUAUGGUUCCUGUGAGUGGUACCUGUAAUGAUACUGCUAAAGCUCCUGCUGAUGAUAUUGCAGAUGUUCUGAUCCUUGACGAUGUUAAACAAGUCCAAUCCGUGCUUAACAUUACAAAGGAAUCUCCAAUCACCCAGCCACUUGCCAGACCAGAUGUUGUGAUUCUUGAUGAUCUCAACCAAGUUCAACCCAUGCUUAAUAGUAGCAAGGAAUCUCCGAUUAGACAACCACUUCUCGGACCAGUGAGUGCAUAUUUCUCUGGUGGCUUGGUUGGUCCAGAUGGAACAAAAAGAUUUUUAGGUAAAUGGUGCAAGCGGCGCGAGAACAAUCAAUUGGUAACAAACAAAUUUUCAAGUACAGAUGCUGGCUGUUCGAUUGUUGUAGUAUCUGAUGAAGAGGAUAUUACCGAAAAUAUACCGCAGAUAAAGAGGAGCAAAGUAUGAAGACAAGUCAAAAAUUGUACAGUCCCAAGGGUGCUUGCAGUACAACACUUCUUUGGAAGGGUCGGUAACUACGAGGGUUUAGAGGUGCACAUUCUAUAUGUAUGCAGGAUUGAUAUCUUUUGGUUAUGAUAAUGUUUAUAUCAGAGGAACUUGCUUAUGAUUUAUUUGGGCCAAGAAGCGAGAGCAAAAAUUCAUUUGUGAUAUCACGAUAGCCGAAUAGUGAGCAAAUAAUCCACUUGUUAAGCAAAGGGCAUUUCCUGUGCUUCCUAACUGAUGUUAUUUGUUGCUAUUUCAUCUAGAUUCUUUCAUUCUAUUUCUCAACGUUUGUACAAUAUAGU